AUGGAGCUGUCCAUGACCAAAGGCGUCCUCACCAUUAUACCUGCACCUGAGGGCUACGAUGUCGACUUCGAUAACCCCAAGAGAAACGGGAAUGUCACCUGCUACUGCCUCACAGGUGUGGGCGGUUUCCUGGCUCUCCUGUUUCUAGGUCAGCGGUUGUAUGUCAAGGCCGUGCUGCGCAAACGAUUGACAAUCGACGACUGUGAGUAUCUUAAAUAUCUCUGCUUCCUAUCGAAAAAGCUGCUGAAUCGGAGAACCAGAUAUCCUCAUUGUGGCAUGGGUGAGAUGAUUCCCAACCAUGAGCCCAUGGCGUUGCUCGUCACCGAGAUCGAACAGGUAGACUCUACCUGGGUUGCAGGCCCUAUCAAUUACUGGGUAUCAAUCGAGGCAAACCUCUUGAUCAUAUGCGCCUCCCUUCCGACCGUUCGCCAGUUCAUACGGACCGUUGCACCAGGACUCCUCUCCAGCAUCCAAGACUCCAAUUACUACUCCAAAGGCUCAAGGGGGGAUAUCGUGACCAUUGGCGGUGGUUCUCGCGGCAAUAGAAGCUCAAGGAGGAGGGGGCCGUACGACUCUGACAUCAUGAUGGAGACACUAGUAGAUGCUAGUAGUUCGCCACAUGCGCAUGAGAACGAGGAAGGGAAUUUGCGCAGCAGCGCCGAUGGAGACAGUAAUAGAGCGGUGCCUCACGGGGGUAUAAUGAAGACGCAAACAGCGGAGGUGACGUACAGUAGAUAG